CGCAUACAUUUCUUGCAUCACAAAAACCAAACACAAGCAAUACCAUGGCCACCAAAUACGAGUUAUCGAAAACUUAUCAGUACCGCAAGGUAAUGAAGCCACUGCUGGAGCGCAAGCGUCGCGCACGCAUCAACAAGUGUCUGGAUGAUCUUAAGGAUCUGAUGGCUGAGUGUGUGGCACAGACUGGCGAUGCCAAAUUUGAGAAGGCCGAUAUAUUGGAGGUUACCGUGCAGUACCUGCGCAAUCUGAAACAAACCAAGGCUGCCAAUGCCACCGCUUCCGCUCCUCAGCACAGUUUCCGUGCUGGCUACAUUCAUGCCGCCAAUGAAGUCUCCCGCGCACUGGCUGCACUGCCCAAAGUAGAUGUCGCCUUUGGCACCACACUGAUGACACAUCUCGGCAUGCGACUCAAUCAGCUGGAGCAGCCCGUGGAACAGCCAAUGCCAAUGACGCUGCAUACACCACUCAGCAUCAACUGUGGCUCCGCUUACUCCACCGCCAGCAGCAGCAGCAGCAGCCGUGAUGCCUACAGUCCCGUUUCUAGUGGCUACGCCAGCGACAGUGAUUGCUCUUCCGGCUCUUCCACACCCGUAGCUGCACAAUCUCUGCUCCAAAUUAGCAACACUGGCAGCGUCUGGCGCCCCUGGUAAAAAGAGAAUACAGAAGAGGACCCGCCUGUUAUCGGGGCAAGCGCGCAAUUCAAAUGUAGCUUUACAAUGCUUUACAAUGAUCUUCAUUUUGACUCUAAUUAAGUGUUACGCAGUUUUAUAAGUUAAGUCUGUGAUAGGGCACGUUUAUUGACUCCAUUAUAUCAAUUAGCCAGAAGUUUGUUAGCCAAUAUAAAUGUUUAUAUUAUAAGAAGAAAAACACUCGAAUCGUAAAUACAA